AUGACCAGCGAACAUAGUCAUGUGGAAACCACGAAGAGGGAGGCCGAAAUGCUGGAAACCGACAUGAUGAUCGGCGUUUUUUGCGGCCUUCCACUCACCAUAUACUUGGUGGACAAAAUAGGAAGAAAGAGAUUGCUGUUGGUAGCUGGAUGUAUAGCUCUAGCAGGAUGGAUAACAGUCGCAGCAGCCAAUAAGAUGGUAUACUUCCACGUGGCUAGAUUCUUCUUCGGGAUAACUGCUAAUAUGUGUAGUGUUGCUGCUCCCAUGUACGUUGCAGAAAUUGCAGAAAGCAACAUCAGAGGCUUCUUAUCCAGUACCUUCAAUUUCAUGAUGGCCAUAGGGCUCUUGAUAAUGUACGCAAUUGCACCAUUCACACCGUUUUAUACCACUUCGAUCAUCGGCAUACUGAUAUGCACUUUGGAACUAGUCAUACUGUUCUCCAUGCCUGAAUCUCCCUAUUAUUUAUUGUACAUAAAUGAGAAUAAAAAGGCGAAAGAGUCACUGGAAUAUUUCAGAAUGCACAGAGAGGUUGACAAAGAACUGAGGGAGAUGAUGAAGGCUGUGGAGAGGCAAAAGUGUGAGAGAGGAAGGAUACAAGAUUUGGUUCUGGUCAGAAGCAACCGCAAAGCCAUGCUGGUGAUGACCAUACUGAAUGUCGGUCAGAACAUGGUAGCAAUCUCCGUCAUCCUGAUGAAUCUUCAUCCCAUUCUCGAAUCAGCCGGAUCAAUCUACAUGAGCUCAUCCGUUGCCGCCAUCUUGUUUGCAGUGAUAACUUUGAUUUCCGCUUAUAUUGCAUCGCUUCAGGUUGACAAGUACGGCAGGAAAGCACUGCUUCUUAUAUCGUCGAUCUUAUCUUCGCUCAGCUUACUAUCCAUAGCUAUCUACUUCCAUUUGAAGAAUAACAACUUCGAAUUGACAUCGGUUAGCUGGUUACCUACAGCUGCCCUUAUGGUAUACGCAGCCACCUUCAAAUUGGGAUUGGGAAUCGUUCCAGUCGUUAUGAGUUCCGAACUAUUUUCAGCCAAAGUUAAAGCGCUGGGGAUGUCCUUUGCUGAUAUUAUGUAUGUUAUUGGAGGAAUUUUCAGUAUUCAACUGUACGUUUGGUUGUCCAGCUGGUUUGGCCUGCAUGUUCCAUUAUAUGUGUUUACUGUUAGUGGUUUCGUGCUGGCAUUGUUCGUAGUGUGUUAUAUUCCAGAAACCAAAGGAAAGACUCUCGAAGAAAUUCAAUAUAUACUCAAAGGAGAAGAAUUUUUCACGAACGCGCUGUUAUCACAACAAGAAGAUUAUAUUUUGUAG